GAGCCGAGGGGACCCGGUCGUGUUCCGAUGCUGGGGAGCCGGGAAGCAGGAACCGGGGACGGCGGAGAGGCGGCUGCCGGGCCGCAGAGCGGAGCAGACUGCGGGGAGGAGAUGCGUCCUGGCCGGGCAGGGUGUCGCCUCCCCGGCCUGGUCAGCUGGAGGCAGAGACCGUGCAGGACUUCAGCCCUGUUUGCUGCAGCCAACACGCUGUACUGGUUCGUAGCCUUCACUUCUUUCCGAGCCUACAGCCUCGUGGCCAUCCUGCUGGCUCUGCUGGUCGUCAUGGUGACCGCCAGAGACAUCGCUCGGUCCAGAGCCGCAGGAGUUCACUUGUGGCGCAGCAUGACGGCAAGCUGGGAGAUCAUUGACUCAGGCCAGGACAGCCGGUCUGGAGCUGGACUUCACCUCAGUGACUCCCUCAAACUCUUCCUCCAGGAGACAUCGGCUUUCAAACAGCAAAACCCGGGCAAGUUUUGCUUGCUGGUUUGCAGUUUGUGCACCUUCUUUGCUGUCUUAGGACGCUACAUUCCAGGGAUUGUUAUCUCAUAUAUUCUAGUGCUGGGCGUCUUCCUGUGGCCUCUGAUUUCAUUUCAUGAGGUUGGUUUGUGGCUGGAGCCAGUUCUGCAGAAGCUGGACUUUGGCCUUGGAGAGUUCCUUCGAAAAAUCAGAGAGAAUCAUGAGAAAAGACUUAUGCAGGCUCAGACCGAGAAAGAGGGCAUCGAGUCAGACCUCUCUUCCAUGUUUCCCAAGCUCGACUCCACAGUGUGUAAAGAAUUGUCUGUUUCGGAUACAGAAGUGUCUGAUGUGACAUGGACAGACAACGGCACAUUCAACCUGUCAGAAGGACACACACCACAGACUGAGAACUCAGAAGACCUUGAAAGAGAAGAAGCAUUUACUGGCGGCCUCCCAGAAUUCCCGUCUCUUGACAACGGUACAACGACCAACGGCGACGAUGACGACGACCUCAGCCUCGGCCUUCCCUCGCCUCACCCACAGCUCCAACAGGCGAUCAAAUCCAAGCAUGCACCUCCUCCAUACAAAGACCAAUCUGUCGACAAAGCCCUCGAAUUGGUCAACCAGAUGGCGGGCGACGUCAUAGCCGCCGCAGUCACAGCCGCCAUCCAGGAGAGGAUAGAAGCGGCUGUCGGCAUCACGUUGGCGAGCGAACAUCCAGAGCGGUCAAGACUCCCAGAAACCACCAGGCUGCUGGACCUGGCCGAGGAAUCGGACAGCGACAUGGAGGACUUUGAGCUGCUGGAUCAGUCGGAGCUGGAGCAACUGGAAGGCGAGCUGGGGCUGGGAGAGGUGAAGGCUCAGGUCAAAGAGGAGGCUCAGGCUCAGACCGACAACCCGGCCUCAGAGGGGUUCUUCUCCAAACUCCUCAGGCGCCACUGAGUGAUGAAGAGUGCGGUCGGUAGGGGAGGAAGAUGGCUUACAGAGGACAUUUGGGGACAGCGUUUCCAUUCUUCUUUUUCCUUUAGCGCUAACAUCACCAUUUUAGAUCAUUCUGCGAAAUGUGGAGGAGCAACUAAUGUAAUAUCAGAAUCACAUUAAUGCUGAGAUCAGACUACACAGUAUUUUUUUUCUUUUUUUCUUACUUUUUAUUUGUUAACUCAUUUCAUCCAUGCAUGUACUUUGUUCUCCAUGAUACAAACUCAUGUCAUCAUAUGAUAUGAGACAAAAAACAUACCAUAACUGAAGCUACAUAUAUUAAUUCAAUAUCAAUCAUUUAAAAAAUAAACAAAUAAAAACACUAAUGAUCAUGAACAUAAUAAAAUAAGCCCAUACUCAGCAUAUUAUUUUGAAAACAGACUUCCCAGAGGACCAAAGUAGGAAAAAAGACUUCACAGCAUCAUUCAGUCUAACUGCAGCAAAAUGCAUUUUUCUACCAGUGAGGUUCCUGAGGGCAGAUUAUGUAUUGUAUCACAGUGGUUCCCAACCUUUUUCCUUAAAGGGCUCCUAAUCCACCACUGAGUGAACUGAUGACCCCUGACAAAAUGAUAUGUUUUAUGCAUAUUUUCAAAUUGCAAAUGUUCAAAGAUGGGCAGCGAGGGAAGGCAAUGUGCACGUCUUCCCCUUGCCAUCAUCCUCGUGGGAGUUUUUAAAGUUUAUAUCUUAACUUAAAUCUAGUUGUUUUCUUCACAGACAUUAAUGAGAUGUUGAGACAUGAGCAGACUUUCUUCCACCCCUUAAAAUAAAGAAGGCCUUGUCUGUGAAGCUUUGGCGACCCCCAGGUUGGGAACCAGUGUUAUAUUAUACUACAUACUGUAUAUAUAUCAAGGCUCGGUAUCGGUACUAGAUACUUUUAAGGUAUCGACUAAAAUAAAUUGAUCCUAAGUAGUAUUGAAACGUUUCCCGUCAAACUAUACCUGUAAUUGAUCCUUUUUGCACCCAGAACUACAAAAUAUGACUAUUUGUAUGGACUUAAUCACAGCCAAUUAAUGUAAGUGUGAAAUAUUAAUAAUUUGAAUACUUAAAUAUCAAAUCAUUUAGAUGUGGAGGAGUGGUGACAUGUUAUGCAAUUAAUGCUUCUACUCACAUGAUGGGUAUUGAAUGAAGUACUCAGUUGGUAUCAGUGUCACUUUAAGGGUACUUGGAUUGGUACUGGUAUCAUAAUGUUUUUAACGAUCCCCAGCCCUAGUAUAUAUAUAACAACUGAAAACUCUCACAAUAUAAUGUAAAUGCUGGAUUCACUCAUCCAACUACAUUACCCAGAACUCCACAGAUUUAUUUGACAAGACAUCAGACUGAAUGACAAUCAUUAAUCGAUCAAAUGAUUCUUUAUGCUCAGAGUAGACUGCUGGUUGGAAAGUUAACUAUGAGGAGUAAAAAGUAGACAUUUUUAUUAUUUCCUUUUUUUAUAUAAUUUCUUUUUUAAAUUAAACAUUCAUGUUAUUGACAGUUUUACAGUAUUACAGUUUAUUGCCACAGUCAGCAGGUCUCAAAACAUUAUGCAUGGAAAUCUCAUUUUGAGACAUAAAUACAUAAAGUAACAUUUAACUGCUUUGCCUCCAGCCCAUGAGCUCACUGUGGAGCAGGUGAGUUUUUAUUCCCACUUCACUGCUCAUCAGGACCCAGCCUGACUGGGGUCCCUGGUCAAAUCUCUGGACCUGUAAAAACCUCUUUUCUUUAUCACAGAUUAGAUUCAAAACACAACAAAACAGUUUUCAGUGCAUUUAAAUGAAAUGGCUAAUUUGCACCUUAAUUAUUAUUUAACAAAGCAUCUACAUCGGACAGUCUGCAGUGUUGAGCAUCAGUUGUGGAUUCACUGAAUGAACAUGAAUGACUGAACUGUUUCUUUAACAUGCAUUGUACAUUAAUAAGACAGUUUUUAUCAUAAGGACAUACAGCAAUGUAUAAUGUAUCCUCUCGAAUUAAUCAUGUUAUGUCUCGUAUUAGCAACAUUUUAAAGAAGAUAAUAGAAAUAUGUGUUUAUCAGUGCCUAAGAGGACUUUGUAGUGGCUGCAGUUCAUUUCUAGCUCUCAUGUAAUAACUAUCAGACAAAGAAAUGUUCCAACCACAUUCAGACUUCACUAAAUAACUGAUUUAUUUGAAGAAAUAUUCAUUAAAAUGAUUAAAUGAGUCAUUCUCUCGUUUACCUUCUGUAUAAAGGUGGCUUCCAUGCAGUUGCCUUAAAUUGAGAAACAGAUUGAACCUGGUUCAAAAAGAUGUUGGUGAGUCAGAACCAAAAUGUAUUAACAAAAUGUACUUUUAUGUAACUAAACUCAAUAAUGUCAAUAAAAUGUUGUAAUGCA